AUGUUUCCGGAUAGGAAUGAACGGCACCGCGCAGGCGCCCGCAAGCCCAGGAUCCGGUGUUUCACCGGGUGCUGGGCCUGCCGGUUCAAGAAGCGGCGCUGUGACGAGGGGGUGCCAUUUUGCGCUCUGUGCGUGAAGCACGGUGACGCCUGCUCAUACGACGUCAGGCUGGUGUGGCUGGAGGAGAACAUGUUGCUGGUGUCGCGGACCGACGGACAAAUGCGAUCGUGUGCCGUGCGUGCGCCCGCGGCGCGCAGGGGGCUUUCAAAGUCCGAGUUCCAGACGCUGGCGCAGUACCGCCGGCGCCAGGCGGGGCUGUCUCUUGCCGCGCAGGACGAUGCCACACAAAGCAGUUUCACGAUCAGCCUUCGGCGCCUGAAGGUCUACGAUAACGCAGUGGAGGCGAUCCACGGCAGGCCGCGGCGGUACGAGGCAGGCCAUGUCGUGCGCCGGCUGGAGCAAUGCCUACAGCAGAUCGAGGCAGGGCCGCCCGGCAGCGCAGGCCCCUACGGGGCAUUCCCGCUGCGACCCGCGGACAUCGCACGCGAAGCAGCAGUAGGCCGGCGCGCGCUGGCAGAGAAGUUCUUCGCGCACCACUGGUGGCCGCUCAUUUCCGCGUGCGACAACGUCGUACUGCACAACGUCGCGUAUGCCCAGUGGAUUGCCGCGCAUGUCUCGGCAGUCGCACACGAUACACAGGACUUCCCCACUGACAUCUUUGAAGCAAUCGCCCUGCGCUCUAUAAACCUCCCCCGCUGGCUGACACGGCUCCGCGGCGCCUCAGUCCCGGAACAGGUGGUGUGCUACAUGCUUCUAUCUCUGCUACUCAGCGCGCAGGAACUACACGCAUCCGUCCUGCGCCUGCUCCGCGGCCUGCGCCCGCUCCCGCUGGCAGCCUGCGCGCUCAUCGCUAACUUGGACAUGCAUCCGGCAGCCAAGCAACUGCUGUUCGCACAGGUCAGUCCCGCGGACGUGCUUGAGAAACAGCUUGCUGCGUCGGUCGCCUCGGAAAUGGCCGCCCAACGGGCGACCCCCGGUGGGUCCGGCGCCCAGCCUCGCUGCAUCGAACCUGAUUACAGCAGUACAUAUCUAUGUAAACGUCCCAGGCCCUGUGCGCCGGACUUGGCUAAUGACAGCACUUUCAGCUGA